AGCUCUAAACUGCAUAAUAUUUUUUUCACGUAAUUUCGCAAGGAUUUUGAGAAAGGUUGCGAAACCACGUGGUGAUGGAAUGUAACUAAUUUGGACCAAAAAGCGAACACAAUUCAAAAUAUUUUGUUCGUUGUAGUACACGAUUUCUGGAUUAUCAUCUACCAUCAUAAGCAUUCAGCAUUACAUCAUAUGCCGUCUAUUCAUUCAUUCAUCCGACCCGCACACUAUUCACUGAUGCAAGAUUGGAGUUUGACCUGGUAAAUAGACUUUUCUACCAGGCUUGAGCUAACGUGUAUAUUACUACAGAACAAACAUUCAGACUACACACAGACCAACCAGUCAGGAUUCUGCAACAAUCAGCAAGGCUCGUCUCUAAUUGCAGUCUGAGGAAGGUUUAUGAGUGAAAGUGGAGUAGCACACAGGAAGGUGUGGUAAGUCUUCAGAGGGAUUGUCAAUAUUAGACCCGGGUGACGCUCUGGAGAGAUUGUGCUGCAGAUCGAGGAAAUCCACCGCCAACAUGGCUCAGCUUCGCUACGCCAAGGCGGUUGCAUGUGGCACCGCUCUGACGGCUGCUGGAUUGGCUGGCUACUACCUCUACACCCGUAACAACCUCAAGAAAGCUAAGAUGAAGGAAAAAGUGGAAGAGGGAGACGUUGGAGAGGAGAAUGUAGGCAGCGGCACGCAAGCGAUUGAAGAGCGUCUUCAACAGGAAGCGCAGCAGGAACAGAAUGGAGAUGAAACAGAUUGCAAGAAAUUUGACUGCAAAAAUAGCAGUUCUUGUACAAACGAAUGCACACCAGACAUUGAAGCAAUUGAGAAAGUGCUUGAAAAACUUAGUGCUGAUGAUGUGCAGGACACAAGAAAUGAAAAUGAGAAUGUAGCGAAUAAAGAAAGACAAAUUGAAGAAACCAUAGCAAAUGUUGUUGAUGACUUUAUGAUGGAGUGUAGUAUGGAUACAAACGCUUCGUCCGGGUCCUCCCUCAAUGCAUCAAAUGAACAUAUUAUGGAGGACCUUCAAGCCAUGGAAGAAACUAUCCCACCUCCCGUCCAGGAGAUCACAGUUUCUGCCAAGCCACAACCCAUUCAGGAAGCUAUAGUUCCAACCAAAAGACAGUCGUGUGAAUCAACACGCCAACCCCUAGACAACGCAAAUCGCAAGACCUCGUCAAUACCCCCAUCCACUGUGACCACCUCGAACAACAAUUCAUCGAUAACAAACGGCAAUAUGCUAGACAAUCAGGUGUCGACGAGGGCCUCGACGGCCAAUACAAAGUCUGGAAGGAAGGCUAAGCAUGUAAAUAAUGCUCAAGUGUAUGGUGGGAAGGGGUCGACGCCCGGUGGUAAGAAAGGAGGUAACAAGAAGGGCAAUGACCUAUCAAAGCUUCAAUCUGUUGACUGGGCUUCCUCUGUUCUCCUAGAUGAGAAGACACAUAGCUCUAGCGGUACACCACUUGGGAACAGUGAAAGUAACUCGGCUGGAUAUGAUGUUAGCUCUGAGGUGAACAGUGAGGGGUCAUCGAUAGACAGUGGCCAUGGAUCAAGGGACUCCGGGGCUAGUGCUAGCCCUGCGGCUAUCUCUCAAGCACCGGGAAUGAAAGAAGGACCGGUCAUGUACCAGUUUGAAUUCCCUUCAAAGCUCUGCGGUAGACUCAUCGGAAAAUCGGGAAAGAACAUUCGUGAGCUGAAGGAUAAGACCGGAGCCAAGGUCAUUCUAAAGAAUGUCCCGUACAGCACCACCCAUCAGAUCUGUGUUGUAGAAGGCUUGAGAGGGGAGGUGGAUGGAGCGCUUGCAUAUAUCAAGAAGAAGUUUCCCAACGUGGACCUCAGUAGACGGGCCAAUACACAGCAACAGAAGAAGAACAAGACACCGGAUAUGACACAGCUACACUUACCAGAAGAGACACCCAACAACAUCCUAAUCUCCAGUGUUGUUUCUGGAGGCCAUAUCUUUAUUCAGCAGCCAAUGCAUCAGACAUAUCAAGGUCUGAAUGUUCAGGAUAAUCUGAUGACACAGAUCUACCAGCAAGCUGACAUGACUCCACAGCUCCCAAGACCCAUUGAGAAUGGUGUAAUCUGUGCAGCACCAGUAAUGGAUGGCUGGUACCGAGCCCAGGUGGUUGAAGUCGGCCAUGAGACCGAUGAGGUUGAUGUGCGGUUCCUGGACUAUGGAGGCUACGCCAGGGUGGAGGCCUACGCCUUGAGACAGAUCAGAUCAGACUUCCUGAGUCUUCCCUUUCAGGCCACGGAAUGCUACAUGAGUAACAUUGCACCUCUUCCUGGUGAAGCUGAAUUCAGCGAAUCAUGCAGAAUCUUCAUUGAACAGCUGGCUCAGAGUAUUGGUAUGAUGCAAGCAACCAUAACUGGAUACUCGGUCGAUGGAAUCCCAUUCAUUGAAAUCUUCUUCAUCGACAGCUAUGGCAAGUCGCAGUCUCUGAACAAGCAACUAGUAAACCAAGGUCUUGUAUCCUGGUACGAAGGCACAGAGGCAGCAGAACCCAGCCCGGAUGCAGCCUCGGUAACAAACGGAGCCCUCUAUAGCUCGGAGACAUUAGUCAGACCAAGCUAGGAUUAGAGGGGUGGUAUGGCAAAAUGACAUUUUGAAUGCUAAACGCAAGGAUACGAGACACGAGGAUGAGAGGAAUGCGCGAUUAUUAUUUUCUCCCCUCUUGUAGAAUUCUUUGAUUUUUGAGUUGCGAUGGAAUGAAUGGCUUGUAAAUGCAGGAAGAAGGUGGAUGAUAGCAGGCACGUUGAUAGUGUGAGGAUGGAUGACUUCCCAUUGAAACACCAGUGAAGACAUUGUCUUUUGAUGAAACGAUUUGGAUGCCGUUCUUAGUGAGGUGAUCUUUUAACCCCUCUGACACCGUUGGUCUCGACUAAGUUUGAAUAUGUGCCAGCUACUGCAGAAGACCCUGUUCAUCCCAAACAGUAAUGUGUCCAUCAAACCCAAGUUAACUUUGUCAGAUGAUGUAUGGAAUUGAAUGGAUAAAAAUAAGAGGAGGGAUUGGAAAGAAUAGGAUAGGAGAAAGAUAGUGAAGUUGUGUUUUGGAUUAUUUUGGGGGGAUGGAUGGAAUACCCAGUUCAGAUAUAUGGCAACCAAUAUCUUUUGACAGUAUGUUAUGUUCUCAAAGGAUCAUGACUUGAUCAGUUUAAAAAGUGAAGUAUGACUUAAG